GGUUCUUUGGUCAUUUCUAUAGAAUUUGCUUGACAAACCGCAAUGACGUUCGACUGAGGACGGUGGUCUUUUCGUUUCGGUCGUGUAGCCUAGCGAUUUCUGUAAAUUAGUAAUUGCCGAGACCACCGGUGUAUCGGCUUCCGCGUGUUACCAUGGCGGACGAAGAGAAUAAUUGUGAUGAUGGUGGUGGUGAAGUAAGAGCAGAUCAGGCAUUUCGGCUCCGAGGACGUAAGGGUGCCCUGAAGAAGAAGAAUGUUUACUUCGUGAAGGAUCACAAGUUUAUGCCGCGGUUCUUCAAACAGCCCACCUUCUGUUCUCACUGCAAGGAUUUCAUAUGGGGCUUCGGUAAACAAGGCUUCCAGUGUCAAGUGUGCAGCUUCGUGGUACACAAACGAUGCCACGAGUACGUGACGUUCACGUGCCCAGGGGCGGACAAGGGGGCGGACUCCGACGACACUCGUACCCGGCACAACUUCCGCAGUCACACAUACUCAUCCCCGACGUUCUGCGACCAUUGCGGGUCGCUGCUCUACGGCCUCAUCCAUCAGGGCCUCAAAUGUCAAGCAUGCGAUAUGAACGUGCACAAGCGGUGCGAGGAGUCGGUGCCGAACUUGUGCGGCUGCGACCAUACGGAGCGGCGCGGGCGCAUACAGCUAGUCGUCUCAUGUCAGGGCAACAAGCUCACCGUGGAAGUGAAGCAAGGUCGCAACCUCAUACCGAUGGACCCCAACGGCCUAUCUGACCCCUACGUCAAGAUGAAGCUCAUCCCGGACUCUGACAAUGUCAAGAAAAAAACCAAGACCAUCCGAAGCACACUGAACCCCGUGUGGAACGAGACUUUGUCCUUCGAUCUCAAGCCUGAAGAUAAAGAUCGCAGGCUUCUUAUCGAAGUAUGGGACUGGGAUCGCACAUCCCGCAAUGACUUUAUGGGAUCUCUUUCAUUCGGCAUUUCUGAGUUGAUGAAGGCCCAAGCCGACGGCUGGUUCAAACUCCUCACCCAAGAGGAGGGAGAAUUCUACAACGUGCCAGUUCCUGAAGAGGGUACUGAUCUCGCUCAGCUCAAGACUCAGAUGAGAGCGACUAGCGUGGGUGCUCGUAGGGCUCCACCCCCGCCCGACAGAGAGGUUCCGCAUAAUAUGGCAGCGGCCGACGUCAUCAGAGCAUCAGAUUUUAAUUUUAUAAUGGUUCUCGGGAAAGGAUCUUUUGGCAAGGUUAUGCUUGCGGAACGUCGCGGUACUGAUGAGCUAUACGCAAUUAAGAUCCUGAAGAAGGAUAUUAUCAUUCAGGAUGACGAUGUUGAGUGUACCAUGGUGGAGAAACGAGUAUUGGCACUCAGCAGCAAGCCGCCGUUCCUUGUGCAACUGCAUUCUUGCUUCCAAACUAUGGACCGGCUUUAUUUCGUCAUGGAGUACGUGAAUGGCGGUGAUCUUAUGUUCCAAAUACAGCAGUGUGGAAAAUUCAAGGAACCCGUAGCCGUGUUUUACGCAUCGGAAAUUGCCAUCGGACUGUUCUUUCUGCAUUCCCGCGGGAUCGUCUACAGAGACUUGAAGCUUGAUAACGUACUUCUAGACCAAGAUGGGCAUAUAAAAAUCGCUGAUUUCGGCAUGUGCAAAGAAGGGAUCACGGGCGACAAAACAACUAAGACCUUCUGCGGCACACCGGAUUAUAUUGCACCGGAGAUCAUCUUAUACCAGCCGUAUGGGAAAUCCGUGGACUGGUGGGCCUAUGGUGUUCUGCUUUAUGAGAUGCUGGUCGGACAGCCGCCGUUCGAUGGGGAAGACGAGGAAGAAUUGUUUGCAGCUAUCACGGAUAACAGUGUGUCCUAUCCGAAAACAUUGAGUAAGGCAACCAAAGACGCGUGCAAAGCGUUCCUAACCAAAAAUCCUCAGAAGCGUUUGGGUUGCGGCGCGCGCGGCGAAGAGGACGUCCGCACUCAUCCGUUCUUCCGUCGCAUCGACUGGGCGCGCAUCGAGGCUCGAGACGUGCAACCACCUUUCAAACCUAAGAUCAAACACCGUAAAGAUGUGUCGAACUUCGACAAGCAGUUCACCCAGGAGAAGACCGAGCUGACGCCCACCGACAAGCUGUUCAUGAUGAACCUCGACCAAACCGAGUUCAUGGGCUUCUCGUUCCUCAACCCGGAGUACGUGCAGCACGUGUGAACCAAGAAGGGUUGAAUCAUACUUCUCACGUCAUUGGAGCUGACUAGGCGCUCGGGUCUUGUAUCGACUCCGAAGCGCGAACUCUUCUUCAUCUGUCGACUGUCUCUGUCACUCAUACGACAUUGGUCGUAAGCUAUCUCGUUCAUACUCGGCUGUAAACUAUGUUAAGUUCGAAUGUUAAGAUCUAUAACUAAAGUUUAUCUUGUGAAUGGGGAUAUAUGAACAAUUGGGAGCAGACUUUGACACCACUUUUGUAGAGGAUAAAUAUAUGAAGUGAUAUUAUUGAAGGAAGAAAUGCUCAUUCCCUAAUUUUUAAGUUUCCUUUCUUCCAAACCUUUAAUACUUCGUAUCCAUCCAAUACGACAUGACUUUAAACUCGUAUUAAUAUAUUAUUUUUUUUUUAAUUUAUUUAUUAUUAAUUUAACUGCAAUAAUGUUGCAAUUAGAUAUUUCAACGAAUUUUUCAAAGCAAUAAUAUGUACUAAUAUAGUUAUGUUACUUAAUACGCUCUCUACUCAUAAUCUCGAUUUCGUUUGACUUUAAUAUUCCUUAGACUAUUUACGUGGAUAAUAAAAAAAAAAAUAUAUAACGUGUCUUACAGAAAAUAUGGCUAAAGGUUUAAUAUGCAUAGAAAACUAAACCCAAAAAAAUGAGACAAAAUGUGGAUUUGAAAUACUUUAGGCAGUAUUUUUAUUUACAUAAAUAUUUCUUCUGAGUUAGUAAAAUGUAUGCAAUAUUCCUGGUAUGGCAGAUGUCGGUAGGUAACCGUUUACUUGUUAUAUUAUAUUAGACAGUCGUUUGCUUGUUUGACGUCUUAAUAUUAUAAAAAAUGUUAUUUCUUAAAUACUUGGAAAUAAAACAUUGCCGAAAUAUGAUGAAAGAUAUCUGUCUAUGCUUAUUAAAUCUUUGACUUUAUGUACUGUUUAUUUAUACCGUUUGGGUACUUUAAUAUAUUAUUUCUUUUGAGAGAAAUUCGACGCGUUUUCACUAAUGUUUAUCAUGAUCUUGGGGCCACGGUAUAUAGUGAAAUUAGGAUCGUUUACACUGGUAAAGUCUGACUUGUCAAUGUUUUAUGCCUUCACGGUAACGAGGCGCUUGAAGGCGUUUUGAUAUUUUAGUGUGAUGAACGCUGUUUCGUUGUUUCUCAUCUCUCACAUAUCAGUGUUGAUUGUAAAUAAAUUAAUUAACUCUAUGUCGUGUCGUGUGGAUGGCGGUGUUCGUUAGACAUUUCUUAAUGUAAGUUUCAUAGAUAAACUCGUUUUUUUUUUUAAUUAAAUUCAUAAAGCUCACAGCGAUUAGAAUCUCUGGACCAUAUGCUUUUGUUUUGUAUUACAUUCUUAGCGUUAUAUUUAUAAUUUAUCCACUUAUAAAAUUAUUUGAUAUAAGCAUUUUUUUUAAUUAUGACCAAAAUAAUAUACAUAUUAUAAUUCAUAGAAUGGCCAUAAAAGUUUGUAUUAUUAAGUUUUCAUUGUCUAUGAUUGAUAUUGUUGUUAUUUUGUUAUGUAUUUUUAUAAUGAUCACUCUAAUUAGUGAUUGUAUUUUGUGAUGUAUUGAUCUAAUCAUCUAUUGGUUUUGUAUGUGUAUUCACUUACAUUGUACCUAUUGUGUAUGUGUGUGUGUGUGUGUAUGUGUGUGUGUGUAUGUGUGUGUGUGUGUGUGUGUGUGUGUGUGUGUGUGUGUGUGUGUGUGUGUGUGUAUGUGUGUGUGUGUGUGUGUGUGUUGAUGUUUUAUGCGUGUGUUUUUUAUUCAAUCGCGAUUUGUGGUCGUAAUAGACGGGAUUAGAAAUUAUAAACACCACUGUUAGAUUAUAAUUCAAAGAAUAUUAACAUUCGCUCAAACGAGCAUCGAGACGUUAACGGCGUAAUUACAAAAUCAAAUGCUAUAUCUGUCUCUUUCUCUCUUAUUACAUCGUACAAAGAUUUGCGUUUCGUAUGAAUAAGCUGAUUUGUAAUAAGUAAUCGCUGACAUCAGGCGUAAGACAAGUCGAUACUAACGCAUAACGGAUGAAAGCACUCAUAUUCUAAAUUUAUUUUGGUUAGUACGACUCUGAUGCUUUAUUGCUGAUUCGCCACUAUACUGAGUUUAAUUAAUUAGUUUUUAGACUUAUUUUUUUCCCUCGAUUUUAUGUAAACAAUACUAGUCAGUGCUCAGCGCCAGUACUGACGCGAGUAACUAACUGGAUGUAAAUCUACCCUAUUAAUACGUUAUAUAAUUUAAAAUAUCGUAUUAUAUUAUACUAAUACCGUCUACUACCACCAUGCUUUUAGCAGCUAACAGCUGACAAUCGUCUACUUAAUAGCCUUACUAACUUAAUUAAUAAUAUGGCUAAUAAAAUACAAUUUAAAAGUUGUUUAAAUCUCUUACUAGAUUAAAUCAAUGUGAAUUUAAAAAGAGAAAAGCAUUUGAUUCUAAAUUGAAUUGUAAUAAAAUGACAUUUUAGGUGUUUUAAUUUUUUUUUUAUAUUAUACAUAUGUAUAAGGCUUUUUAUCUUUUUCGGAGAUGUUACGGAAAUGUCCUGGGAAAGAGAGAUUUAGUGACACCUUCCGUUGUUUGUGGUCGUGUGUCUAUAAUUCUAACGACACAGCUUCGUAUAGUGUAUACGUGGUAUUAUAGUAAUUAUUAAGUUUUCAAUUCUUUAUUAGAUAUAAGCGAUAAUUUAAGGGUAUCACGCUGGCUCAUUUUCAUUACAAUUAAUUGCAGUUUUUAGCUAUUCAGUAUUAAAACGGGU